AUCUUUUAUGCGCUUUGGGUAGGGACAUUACAACGACUUUGUGGUUACGUCGUUUCAUUUCAAAUUCCUGAUUUUCUCGUUUCUCUUUCGUACACAGAACUAACUGGUCGUUUAAAAUCCAACUGAAUGAUUGUUUAAGAGGAUAGACUUCAGGAAAACGACACUUGAUAGUUUGAAAGAGAGAAGAGGAAGUCGAUUGAGGGUGCGGUUCGCUCAACCCGCAUUACGAUUUUGAGACACAAAUGGAGUCAAAGUCAAGUGUACAGCUUCUCGUCGUGCUGCAGCUGGCGCUUCUCGGCGGUUUUGUAUCCGCUACUACAACGAAAAGGUACUUUGCCGUUAGCAGCGACAUUUCCCUGAGUCCGACGUACGACGGUGCCAUCAACAGGGUGAUAUGGUACCACCAGAGCAACAUGGUCGUGGACUGGGAUGGUGAUACCACCACAUAUUUCUCUCAAUUCAAAGACAGGGCCACCCUAAACUACAGCACGGCUCAACUUACGAUUAGACAAGUGGACGGGACUUAUGCUGGAAUAUACGAUGUGGAGAUAAACCAACGAAAAAAUGAAGAAAACUAUGAUGUCAGCGUUAUAGAACGAGUGUUAGAAGCUACCGUCCAGCAGGAAACUUUAGUGUGCAGGAAGGGCGACACCAGCUGCAACUUUACAUGUAAAGCCAAAGUUGAAGGGGCACAGCCUGUCACCUAUUCGUGGAAGGGAGAUGAUGGACCCUGGGGAAAGGAGCUUGGCGACAAGACUGCAACCUUGUCAAACGAGGAAUUAAAAAAUCCCCAAAAAAUCUUCUGUCGUGUGAAAAACCCCGUCAGUGAAGCAGUGAGUGAGCCUGUCAAUAAUGCAAUGUACGACGGCAAAAUUCUUACAAUAGUAGGCGCAACAGUUGGCGUUUUGAUUUGUGUUAUUACUGUUGCUAGUGCUGCUAUUGUGUAUUGGAAAAGAAAAGCUCGCAGGGACAAGGCCAGGGAUGAAGAGAGAGGUCCUGCCACACGGUCUCCUGAACACAGCACGGAAUUGCUAACUGCUAAGACAGCAGAAUCUGAGAAGCCCGGGCCUACUGGAGAUGGUGAAAAUGGAAAUACACAAUGAUCAUCUUGCAUCUCCUUGGCCAUGUUAAGUUAUAUUAUAACAUGAAAUGAAAUGUUUGACAUAAAAAAACAAAUUAUGUGGGAAUUAGAAUUAAGAUCAAGCUAAGUAAAUCCAUGUCAUCCAACCUAAACAUUCUAAUUCUAAUUUUUAAUGAUGAAAUUUGAGGACUGCUUGGUUUGCCAGACCUAAACUUUUAAGUAAUAUGUAUCAUCUGACACAGAACUUGGAUAUCUGAAUGUCAUGUCAGCUGUAAAUUUAAUCAUCAUAGUGUUUUGAACCCCAUGCUGUUUUUAUUUUUCAAAAAGUGAUUUAAUUGCAAAGGUUUAAGGACAGUCUCAAUCUAAACAGAUCCUGGCAGAAAAUAACAGAUGUUAUGUUGUUUUGUUGUGAGAAUGGGAUAUUUGUGCAUGCAAUAGGUUUGUUACUUACUUCCAGUGCUGAAUGAAUCCUUUGACUAUGUAAAUUGCACUUAUUUUUUUCAUAACAUUGAUUUUUUUUAAGUAGCUCAGUUUGUCAGACAAUAUUCAUUCAAUGACAUCAUGUAAAUUAGCUAUAAAUUGACAAAUAUUACAUUUUCGGGAGUGUUAUUAAAACGAGCUACUCAAUUUUUUUACUUUGCACAUCAUAAUCUCCCCCAGACUGUGUGGUGCAACAGCUGUAUGUCAGUCAGUUUUUAUGUGUGAAUCUUUGGCUAAGAUUAUGGCUGUCAUUUUAAGGUCUGUAGUGCUUUGAUAUUUCUAGAAUAAAUGUGUAGUGCCUUUGUUACAAACAACACUGUGCUGCUUGCAACACAAAUCAGAAUUGUUCUGACUAAUUAUAAAAAAACUAUACCAUACACAUAUAGUAAGAACACCAUUUUUGACAAGUGAUAUUGUUGUGCAUCUCUGAGUAGUUCUACCUGGUCCAUUAAUACAGAUUGAAACACAAAUGUGUUAUCUUUUUUUGUCACUGGGGCAAAAUGUUGGUAAAUAUGCCUCUUUUAUUAUGUUAUUUGAAUAAAAGCAGAAUGUUAUUUUCCCGUUUUUUUUUUUUUUCAGGAACUUAAAAAAAGUUAAUACUUUCCAUUGCCUUUUGUAGUUCACUCAUAUCUCACACACAGUCUGUGGAGACCAUGUUUCAUCCUUCUUAAAAGAAGUCAGAGUGUUCUUAUAUAGAGACGUCUAAAGCAGUUUCAGGCAGUACUGAGGAAAAUUUGUAAUGUACAUUGCUCAAUAUACCACAUCUGUGUUGUGAGUUGGCAAUAUUGAAACAAAAGGAUGGCCCUCUGAAUGUAGUAAAAUCAGACUGUUUCAGUGUGAUGUCUUUUGUGCAGCCAAAAUGCAUGUGAAAAGAACAACUUCAAUUUCUCAAAUAUAUCUUGUAUUAAAAACUGGACAGUUUGUUGAAGAUUUGGACUCUAGCUUUUGGUUGCCUUGUAAUAAUGUAUAUAUAUACACAUAUAUAUUUUUAAAUUGCUGAAUGUGCACAUGAAGUGCUUGUUGCCAUGUUUGUGAUGAAAUGACUCAUGUCAUAUCAAUUCCCUUUAUUGUGUUUUAUGUAUUUGAUCACAUUUAUUUGCUUAUUUUCUAUAAAGAGUCCCACAUCACUUGACUAAUACAACUCUUCAACCCUAUAUGCUUUUGCAUUGUGUGACUGUAUUUCUAAUACAGAGUAAAAGGUAGACUUUUUGUUUAGCAAUAUUUCUAUGAGUUUUACUGUACACGUGAACCAUUGUGGUGACAAAGGGGAUAAAAACCCGAGGCCUGUGAGCCAAAUCCAGCCCAUGUUAUGUUGGCCACUAGAGCAUGGUGGGUAACUCAGGAUUUUACUUCUGUAAUUCCAAUUCUUAUCAAGUGUACAGUUUGCAUUAACAGCAUUUUUAUUUUGAGACAUUCCACAUUUAACAAGAUUCUAAUUUUGCUUGAUGUUAGUAUUUUAAAUGUUCUUUUUUUUUCAUUCAAAUGAGGAUAAUGAUGUCUAGUGCAGUCUGCUCACAUGUCUUCUUUUUGCCCUAAGUAUUUACCUCAUAUCUCCCUAAUACAGUCUGUGAGAGCCACCCUGUUAAGGGCGUCAACCACGUUUCCUGCUUCUUCAUCAAAAAAAAAUCAUAGUGUUUUUAUAUAGAAAAGUCUGAAGCAGUUUCAGGAAAUGCAUUCUAUCUUAUUUUUAUGUUAAUUUAACACAUUCUAAUGAGACAACCACUCAUUAGUGAUGGUGCCCAUGUCUGCUGCAUCUUAAAAGAAGUUGCAGUGUUUUUAAAUAGAGAAGUCUAAAGAAAGAAAGAUAGCUAGAUAGAUAGAUAGACAGAUAGACAAGUAGAUAGGGAAAGUUUCACUUAAAUGUUUUUUUUUUACAUGAACCAAACAUUUUUCUUAAACACGAACAACCUAAAUGACUCUUUUGGGAAAUGAAUAGCUUUAGAACAUUUUUGAUUAUGUAGUUUAUAAUGACAGAUCAGCAAUUUUCUUGUGAAUUUAUUUCAUUAAAAAAAAUCUGCUAUUCAG